UGGCAGAGAAAACGCGCGUCCAGGGUUCAGCAGACGAAAAAUGCUCAGAAUGAACCGUUUUUUUGACCGAUAUUUUUAACGUCUUUUCUUGCCUAACAAAGUAUUUUAUCGAUAAAAUUUGUUUUUAGUAAUAAACUUAGCAUGGAUAAAGAUUAUUACUCAACGGUAUAUUCCUGGUUCGACAAAAUCGGGAUAAUAUCCAAUAUUCGGACUCAUCUUCGCCAGAACCUAGUUAAUGUCUUAAAAAACAAAGAUUUAUCUUUGAAUGGAGAAAACGACGGGCAAAAAUCAGCGAAACAGUAUGUUCAUGAUUUGCUCGUAGCAGAAUAUCUCUUUGAUAAAAAUUACGUUUAUGCUCUAUCCGUGUUUGCAAGUGAAGCACCACUUCUCGUUAACUUUACAAAACAAGUAUCAUCAAGAAAUGAUGCAGGUGACUGCAAACAAAGGUUACAGCACGACUACAUAUCUCAUACUCUUGACACUUUGGGAAUCAGAUCAGAUGAUCCAGAGGGUCAAUCCAUCAUAUCAAAAUACUCAGAAUCUGAGGAACCUCUCCUACUUUGCAUUUUGCACUCUCUCCAGACUUUCUCAUUAAAGGAGAGUAGAAAAGAAAAGAAAAGAGAAGUACAAGAACAAAGGAAACCUAAAAAUUUCAGAGAAGUAGGAACACUGACGGAAAGGGAAGUUUCAAGGGAUGAAAAAUUAGUCAGAGCAAGGACGAGGUUACUGCAACAGAAGGAAGCCUUUGAUGCUGAAUUGAAGGAUAAGGAAGACAAAUUGAGACAACAGGUGCUUGAUGUAGACCAACAACUUGUUCUGUUGCAGAAAAAAUGGGUAGAAGCGCAUGAUUUGACACAAAUGAUUCAAGUCAAGGAGAAAGAAUUGAAUGAAGAGAGGAGAGUAGAACAACAGAAAAUUUACCGAAGGGAUAUGGAACUUUCAGUAAAGGAAAAACUCCUUUUAAAAGAAGCUGAUAGAUUAGAAAAGGAAAGAAACAGCUAUAGGCAAUUUGAGACAGAUUUAAAGAAAUUACAAGAAGAGUUAUCGAAAGUUAAACGAGAUUUCCCCUCGACUACGAGAAAUAUGUCACGGGAUAUGCACGUACAAACGGAUUUGGAGAGUUACACGGUUCUUAUUCGAGAAAAUCAGGAGCUGAACAGUCUCGUAAGACAACAACAGUCAAGAAUUGAGCAACUGACAUUAAGAGCAGUUCGGCUCUCUCGACAAUUAGAAGAGGUUCAUUUAUUUAAAACUAAUAUGUUUGAGACAUCAACUCCAGUUACCAAAGUAAAAAAUAACGCAGUCGUGAGCGAAAGCAGUUCAACUGAGGAUAUACUUCAAGAUGCUAAAAUGAGACUUAAACGCUUAGAGGAAGAAAGUUCGAAAGCCGAUCAGAAUUAUUACAAUUAUAUGACUUUCUCUUAACGAAAGUUAAAUUUAGAUGCAUAUUUUAUGACUAAAGUUUCAAGGAAAAUAGUAAUUAUUGAAUUGUAGUUAAAUGAGUAAUAUAAUGUACUAUGAUCUUAUUUUUUAUAUAUAAUAAUAAUAAAUCAUCUAUCUUUGAUACCGUUCA